GGAGCCCCGGCAGUCCCCCGUCUCCAAAACAGAGGUGAUGCGCGCGUGGAGAAUAAAAGGACGACGCCUUAUGAGUUAUGGCUUCCUCUGCCUUGGUGCUCAUGGCCUGUGGUAGCUGCGCUCUGUCAGUCGUCACUGGCUCUUCCUAAACGUGCAUUGAUUCUCUCUCUCUCUCUCUCUCUCUCUCUCUCUCUCCUACUCUGCAUUCCUUGUUUUGUUUCGGAUUUUCUGGUUUUAAGUCUGUCCAAAAGUCUCCAUCUUUUUCAACAACGCAUUAUUCGAUUUCUUCUAUACUAUACUCUUUUUCUAAUUGCUCAUUCCUCUCUCUCUCUCUCUCUCUCUCUCUCUCUCUCUCCAUUCUUCAUCUAAGCUUCUCUUCUAAUCUGAACAUCUCUGAAAAAGGAGAAGAAUGAAGCUUGUCUUGAAAUUGGAUCUGCAAGAUGUCAAAGCCAAGCAGAAGGCCAUGAAGACAGUUUCAACUUUCACAGGGAUUGGUUCAAUCUCCAUGGACAUGAAGGGGAAGAAGCUGACAGUGAUUGGGACUGUUGACCCAAUAAGUGUGGUGAGCAAAUUGCGCAAGCACUGGCAAGCAGACAUAAUCUCAGUAGGGCCAGCAAAAGAACCUGAGAAGAAAGAAGAGCCAAAGAAGGAAGGGCCAAAGAAAGAAGAACCGAAGAAGGAAGAACAAAAGGAGGAGCCCAAGAAGGAGGAAGCCAAGAAGGAAGAAGAAAAGAAAGAAGAACCCAAGAAGGAAGAAGAAAAGAAAGAGGAGCCCAAGAAGGAAGAAGCCAAAGCAGAGGAGCCCAAGAAGGAGGAAGAGAAGAAGCCAGAUCCAGUGUUGGAGCUUGUGAAGCUUUACAGGGCAUACAAUCCUCAAAUGACCACGUACUACUAUGCUCCAAGCAUGGAGGAGAACCCAAAUGCAUGCGUUAUAUUAUAAAUUGAUCAGUAGCAAGUGAAGAGAAGAUGAUGACGAGCUUUUCUCCUUGAUGAGAGGUUUGAAUCUCAUAAGUGAGAAUCCAUUAGGGCAAGAGGGAGAACAGAAAAGGUUUGGUGUAUAGGUGGUGAAGCUUCUUUAAUCUGUUCACAAGUAAUUAACUAGUGUGCAGCUGGAAAGGAUAAAUAAAUUUUGGAAAUGAUUUUGCAUGCA